GGGGGAGGGAGGAGGAGAGAAGCGGCUAAAGGGCGGGGAGAUCACCUUCUCGCUCUCCACCAGCUUACGCCGCGGGGAGCGAGAGGGGGGCGGAUAUGCAUCUCACCUCCGCCCUUCCCGCCAGACUCUAAGUUCAACGUUGGGGAACUGGCGGAGGAGGAGUGGGGGGGGCGCGGAAAGAUAAGUUUAAAUGCUCCCCCUUCUGCCUGGGCUGCAGUAUUUUUCCAGCAAGAAAUACGGUAGCUGGAUGCCGGGUAGGACAAAGGCUGGGGAUCCCGGUUUGGAGGGCAAAGAGAGGCAAAAAGGUAUUGCCUUUUCCCCCAGACCAGGUUUUGGAUGGGAAGUCUAAAGAUGGAGGAGCCAUGGUGGAAAGGAGACCUUGCAGCAGAGAUUCAUCGGACUUUGAGGCUGAAGGAGCUGAAACUGCCCGUGUACAAGGCCCAUUCUCCGCAAAUCGGGAUGCGGCGCUAUUUUGCCGACCUCUUGGCCAUCCUCAGCAACCGCUGCCAGCUCUGCCCCACAGCCCGACACCUUGCUGUGUACUUGCUCGAUCUCUUUAUGGACCGCUAUGAUGUUGCUGUCAAACAGCUAUAUGUCAUCUCCAUUGCCUGCCUCCUCCUUGCAAGCAAGUUUGAAGAGAAGGAAGACAAGGUGCCCAAACUGGACCAGCUGAACAGCUUUGCUUACAUGUGUAGCCUUAACCUGGCGCUAACGAAGAAAGACCUGCUGAAGAUGGAACUUCUGCUCCUGGAAAAUUUUAACUGGAAUCUCUGUCUGCCAACCCCAGCACAUUACAUUGAUUACUACCUCUUUGCCUCUGUUAGCGAGAGCGAUCUGCACAAUGGCUGGCCUAUCACGUCCGUGACCAAAGUCAGAGCUUUCAUGGAGAAAUAUUCUCACUAUUUCCUGGAAGUCUCGCUGCAAGAUCAUGUUUUUCUCUCGUUUCGGCCUUCUCUGGUUGCUGCUGCUUGUGUGGGAGCUUCACGCAUCUGUCUUGAAGUUUCUCCUUCUUGGACUGCACAGCUCCAGCUGUUAACUUGUUAUUCCUGGGAGCACCUUGCUCCGUGUAUCGAACUCAUGCUUAUAGCUCAUGAUAAGGACAUCAAAGAAGCCAACAAGGAAAAGGACCGUGUGAAGCUGUUGCAGCAGCAGCAGCAAGUUGUGGAAAGCCUUACCCUUCAAACCCCGACUCAAGUUCUCUUCCAGCAAUCGCGUUAUCAUCCCUUGGCUCAGCAUUCAGCUGUCGUUUCACAGUUCCACUCCCCAAUACAGGAUCUGUGCUCAGCUUACCGGGACUCUUUACAAGCUCCUCGACUGAGUGGCCUUGCCUCGGGCCACCACCAUAGCGAUUCCCUGCAUUCCUACUCCGCCCUGCAGGCCAGCUUUCAGCCUGUUUUGCAAACGGUGUCCAUUCAAGGGCCUAUCACCAUGCAGGUAGCCAUUUCAACGGAGCCUAGGCACUGCCUCGCUCUGACCUAUGGCAGUAGCUAUUUUAGUGGGCAUCACUCUUACACAACAGGUUGUUUUGAUGGAUGAGCGCCUGCAGAGGAAGGGGGUGAGACAGGACCAGUACAUCUUGGAAGGAAAACAUUGGUGCUAUGUAAACUUGAGUUGCACCUGCCACCAUAGAAAGGAGCUCAAUGAAGCAAUUCCUUGCCCAAUAGCUUGGACAAAAACAAAUCCCUCAUAGAUUUUUCUUUUUUUUCUUUUUAACGUUUAAAACAUGGGUGCCUUUCCUGCAGAAGCAAGAUUUUUCUGAGAAGAAAUGCAAAAAUAUACCUCACAAUUCAAGAUGCUACUUUUGCAAGAGUGACUUACUGAAUUUGGGGUGGGGUGGGGAGGGGAAUGUAGACGCGUCCCUUUCCUCGCCUUGCUUCCGUCCUCCAUAGAAGGGGUGCCAAUGAACUUGAAAUAAAUAACACUGUAAUUAAAAGCAGUACUCUGAAAGGCAGAAACCUGGAGAAACUUCUGGCCAUAAGAUAUACUUGUAUGAUGGCUCCCCCGUGAACACUGUUUAUAGUGGCAGCUCAUAACACUGGAGCCUUGUGUUGACACUAACAAGGCUUGAUACCUCUGAAAUUGUCACUGGAAUUUUUUUAAUGAAGAAUGUUCCUUGCUGUGCUUUGACUGGAAUUUUCAGAGAACAAGACUUUAAACUUGGAACACAAGACUUUAAACUUGGAACACAAGUCAAACCACUUUUGCCUUAAUUUGUCUGGUGAGACAUCAGUAGACAAAACACCACUUGGGCCUCCAGUUUAUCGUAUUUUUCUUAAAAUGUAAUCUUAACUUUACCUCUAAAAUAUUUUAAAUGCUGCUGCCUUAAGUAACUAAAAUACCAUUUUAUGGGAAAAAAUGGUUUACAACUUACGUCAGGGAUUAAUGUUUACUUGAAAACAAUUCAUUGUCAAAAUGUUCUUAAUAUUGCAGGAAUCACUGCCUUUUAGUGUGGUAUGUUUGGUCUUGCAGUUUGAGUUAGUAAUCUAAAUAUGGACAAGUGUGUGUGUGUGUGUGUGGAAGCAGUUGAUUUUUUUAAAAAAAGGGAUCCAUGAGUAAGGGAACCUGAGGUAACCUUGGAAACUGGUCAGUCUUAAAAGCUGCAGCCCUUGAACCAGAGUUGAGGCUGUUCAUUUACAGCCUGCAUAGACAUUAGGCUACCGUUUACUUUAAGCAAAGGCCUACUGAUAAUUUUUUAAAAAAUCACAAUGUCACUUAAUAGAGACACCAUUUUAGCUCUUGUACAUUCAAUGGCUUAUUCUCUCCCCCCCCCCCUGUUCCCCCAUUACUUGAGUGCGGAGCCACACAUGGUGGAGAAAGCAAAAGAUUCUGAAGCCUGUGUUUUACUGUGUAAACCAAAUCCUGAGCUGUAGUGAGGCACCUGCUGCUUACCCCACCUACCAGUUCCCCCAUGCAAAUGCUACUCCCAAGCCAUUCACAUUUCUUCCCCAUUUCCUAAGAGGUACCAAAAUCAAAAGUGAAGCCUGUCUGAUGGGGAAACAGCUGAUGUUGAGGCAGAUGUAGAAGGAAAACUCAGUUGAUGUGUGACAAGUACUCGACCCAGCCACUUAGAUUUUAUUCCUACUCCACAUUUGCAGUACCUCUGCAAAUGCAGAUUUGGGAAUGGAGGGUUUGCCAGAUUAACAUGAUGUUUUGCCUUAAGUCCCAUUGAUUUAUUGCAGUUUAGUUCCACUUAUCUGUAUUUCAGGAUCAUGAUCUUAACGAUACUGGUGCGAUUAAGCUUCCCGCAGGAUUUCUGUGUGUUUGGUCUUUUGAAGAUUCCUGCUAGAAUAUGAAGUGCUCACUUGAUAUUCAGCUGUUUGCCCUGUUAGUCAAUGAAAGCCAGUAUUGUUUGUGAAAAGGGUUCUCAGGAUGGCAAUACAGACUAUGUGCAAUAUAUUGCUUUUAUACUGUCCAGAGUCCUGUGUGUGUGUGUGUGUGUGUGUGUGUGUGUGGUUGGUAGGAUGUUCAUUCAUUCUGCUUUUUAAGUUAAAUAAUUUUUAGAAAAAUAGUUUGCGAGAGGGUUGAGUUGGAUUUUAGAGUGCAGAAUUGUGUUCCCAUUUUCAGAGGAAGUAUGUUGGUUGGGGACUGAUGCCUCUAAAGUGUACUGUAGUCUGGGCAUGUCACACUUUAAGCAAAAUGAAAGUAGAUGUUGUGUUCCUUUUCUGUUACCAAUUUAAAUGAAAAGUGUUUAUACAAAAAAAAUAGAAUAGUAUCUGGAAGUUUUCUUUUUUUAUUUAUAUACGAGUUGUUAUCUACAAUAUUUUGUGUGUUGUAAGCAAAUUUUAACCACCUAAUUGUGUAAAUACUACUGAGGAAGCUCUGGUUGUAGAAUCCAAUGUGCUCAUUUUAUUAGCCUUGCAGAGAAGCUCCCCCCCCCCCGUGUGACAUUCAUAAGUAUCUCCAUCUUACAGUAGGUUAUUCAAUAAACACAGUGCGAAACACUGAUGUGCGUGUCCGCUUCUUGUAUACGCCUAAGAAAAAAUGGUCUACCAACACUAUUUGUGCCCUCGGGUCAUUCGCUUUAUUGAAGUAUUUCAUAGUUCCAUUAGUAAUCAUUAAAGUUCUUCCCAGUAUUUGCAGGUGAACGUGACGUUUUGCUAGUAUAUGAUGCUUUACUAUUUCAUUGGCUCUUAAUACGCUUAGAUCUGCAGCAGUGGAUUACACACAUUUAUCCUAACUCGUUUCAGCCUCCCGUUAGCUCAGCAUUGCAGUUAGAUCUAGAGUCACAGGACUUCGUUUAAGUCGUUUAUGAAAGAAGUAACAAGGAAAUGGGACUUGCUGCAAUAUGGUACAAGGCUUUGGAAGAAAAGUUCUGGGAAACCAUGUCUGCAGCUGCUUCCCUUUCGGAUGUGUACAUUUCCCCCCCUCCCCUUGUAAAAACCCAUCAUGCCGCUAUUGGCAUGAUGAUUAUCAUAUGAUAAACUCAUUUCUUGGU